AUGGAAAGAGCUCAGUACACUUCAUGGGCUGAGUUGUUUAGAAUCCAUUGUCGUGCAUUCCAGGUCAUUGAUCAUAUUGAACCCAAAGCUACAAUCAUCUCCUCCUCCACCACUAAUAAAGUCGGGGUUGAUAAACCAGCAGAUCCCAAACCAAUGGAUCCUGAUCUAUGGAAUCGAUUAGAUGCCAUUGUCAUCCAAUGGAUCUACAGUACUAUCUCGAAUGAUCUCCUCCAAACCAUUCUAAAACCGAAAGCUAGUGCAGCGCAGGCAUGGGCAGCCCUCGAGAGUGUUUUUCAAGACAACCAGAAUGAGCGUGCUCUCUACUUGGAACACAAACUAGUCACCAUUAAGCUUGUAAAUUUCUCAAAUUGCUUUGCUUACUAUCAGACGUUGAAGAUGAUCUCUGAUCAACUUUCUAAUGUUGGCGCCCCUAUCACUAAUCAACGACUCAUCUUACAGCUCAUUGUUGGUCUUACGGAUGCAUACGAAGGGAUCGCCAUGAUGAUCCAGCAAAUCAAGCCUCUUCCGGAUUUCUAUGAAGCACGCUCUCGUCUCAUCUUGGAAGAAACAAGUAAAGCCAAUCAUGCAACCCAGUCUGCUGUUGCAGAUGCAUUUGCCCUCAAUGUUUAG